AUGGGCUUCAACUGCGCUCCCACGUUCAACGUCUACGUCUCGCCCUCGGCAUAUGUCUUUGAGCCCAGCUCGUCGACUGUUGCCGUCGGCGACUCCGGCAUCUCGGAGAAGGACGUCCGCGAAAGCCUGCACGUCGACCGCAAGACCGUCUCCUCCGCCAUCCCUCUCGGCCGCGAUAAGGUCAUUACCUGCUACGGCAUCAUGGGCAUGAUCACUCUUGCCACCACCGAUUACCUCGUGAUCAUCACUCAGCGCGAACCCUCCUGUCGCCUCCUUUCGCACCCGAUCUUCCUCGCGACCGACUUCCGCCUUCUUCCCCUGAAUCCCCAGUCGUCGACGCAAGCGAUUCUCGGCAACCCGAUUGAGAAGGAGCUGAUCAGUCUCGUGGAGCAGGGUCUCAAGGCUGGCAACAUAUGGUUCUCAUACGGUUGGGACCUGACGAACACGCUGCAGCGGCAGCAAGAGCAGCAGGAUGCUGGCAUGGGACCCGGAAAGGCGCCACUUUGGCAGCGUGCCGACGAGCGCUUCUUCUGGAACCGCUUCCUGCAGGACAGGCUCAUCGAUGCCACCGAGAGCGGCACCGACCUCAGCCGCUUCAUCCUCCCGGUCAUGUUUGGAUACGGCCGUGAGCGCAUGUCGUUCGUGCAGGUGCGUGGCUCGGUGCCGAUCUUCUGGGUCGAAAUCAACAACCUUCGCUACAAGCCCGACCUGCAGAUCAUGGAGGUGCCCGAAACCGCCGAGGCGUUCCGCUCGCACAUGACGGAUCUGGUGCAGCAGUACGGCGACAUCGAGCUCGUCAACCUCGUGAACCAGAAGGGCUACGAGCAGCCGGUCAAGGAGGGCUUUGAGCGCGCGAUGGCGCUGACGGCGAUGGACCCGAAGCUCGCCCAGCACUGCCACUACCUGUACUUUGACUUCCACGCCGAGUGCAAGGGCAUGCGUUUCGACCGCAUCCAGCUCCUGAUCGACCAGCUCUCGGACCAGCUGAACAAGGACGGAUGGUACAGCGGCUCAGCUCCAGUGUCUGCGGGGUACGGCGCGGCUGCUGGUCCCACGAAGGAGCUGAAGAAGCAGACGGGUGUCAUCAGGUCGAAUUGCAUGGACUGUCUCGACCGAACAAAUGUCGCGCAGAGCGCGCUCGGCAAGUGGGCGCUGAACAACCAGCUGCGCGACGCAGGCAUCCUCAGCAUCAAGGAGACGGUGGACGUUCACCCAGAGUUCAUGAGCGUGUUCCGCAACGUGUGGGCGGACCACGCCGACACGAUCUCGAAGGCGUACUCUGGCACUGGGGCGCUCAAGACCGACUUCACGCGCACGGGCAAGCGCACCAAGGCCGGCCUGCUGCAGGACGGCUACAACAGUGUGAUGCGGUACGUGAAGAACAACUUCUUCGACGGCGACAGGCAGGACGCCUACGACCUCAUCACGGGCUCGUGGGUCGCGCGCCGCGGCGCCAUCCCCCCUCUGUCCGACACGCGGCCUCUGCUGCACCGUUCGAUGCCUUACAUCUUCCUCUUUGCGCUCGCCAUGAUCCUCGCGGCUCUCACGCUCCCCCGCUCCAGCGACUGGAGCAUCGCCUCGUUCCUCCUCCUCUGGUUCCUCCUCCUCGCCAUCAGCGGCACGUUCAUGUGGGGCAACGGCACGCACUACGUCGCCUGGCCACGCCUCAACCCGCCCCACGCUAUCCUGAACUACAGCGGAAAUGGAUUCCGCUCCAAGCAGCGCGGGCGCGGCAUGAGCAUCUCCAAGAUUGUGCCGGUCAAGAAGCGGCGCGGAGACGAGAUUGAGAUGAAGCGCAAGGGCGCUCUCAUCGAUUAG